AGCAAACAGGCAGAAAACAGAUCUGAGUCAUAAACAUCGAAAGCUGCUGCAUCAACAAUCUUGAGAGAUAAAUUGCAAUAAUAUUCAGGCUGUGAAACCAUAUUGAGCAUGGCGGAUACUGUACGUCACAUUUCUUCUGCAAUUUUUACCGACUAAAAUCCCCUCCCACAUUUUUGCAAUUUGACAUCAAACCCCUCACGUCCGCUUUGGUAUUGCCAGCGUCGCCUACACUCGAUUUUUGCGUCAGAUCUUUGACACGAGAUCUACGCAAAUUCAUAUUCAUUCAAGGCUUCCAUAAAACUGACUACUUUUGGGUUGACAGGAAGCGGUAGCCCAAGAGACAAAACAACGCAAGUCGGUAGCAUUCAGCGAAGAAGCCACAGUCAUGGAUGCCAACGGAGAGGUUACAGAGACUCCUCACGUCGAGAAAGACACAGCUGAGAGCCACUCUGCAGACAAGGAAGUCGACGAGGUCACCGAACUGUUCAAAGGUCUUUCCAAGAAGAAAAAGACAAAGAAAUCAAAGGAUGCGGAUGCCGAAGGUGACGAGGCUGCCCCUGCUGGCGAUGGCGAACUUGACUUGAGUGCGAUGAAGAAAAAGAAGAAGGUUAAGAAAGCCGACGUUGGAGAUUUCGAAGCCAAGCUCGCCGAAGCCGGUGUCACAGAGGAAGGUGCAGAAGGCAAAGAACCCGCUGGCGAACAACUACCCGAAGGUGAUCUCGAGAAGGGAACCGGUAUUUGGGCCCACGAUGCUACACAAGCCAUUCCAUACCAGUUGCUCGUUACCCGAUUCUUCUCCCUCAUUCAGAGCCACCACCCCGAUCUUUUGUCUAGCGGUUCGAAGUCGUACAGGAUUCCUCCUCCCCAGUGUUUGCGUGAAGGAAACCGUCGUACUAUUUUCGCCAACAUUGCCGAUAUUUGCAAGCGGAUGAAGCGAUCGGACGACCAUGUCAUGCAGUUCUUGUUCGCUGAGUUGGGUACCAGUGGUAGUGUGGACGGUAGCCGACGAUUGGUUAUUAAGGGUCGUUUCCAGCAGAAACAAAUUGAGAAUGUGCUGCGACGAUAUAUUGUCGAAUACGUUACCUGCAAAACCUGCCGAAGCCCCGAUACCGAACUCAACAAAGGAGAGAACCGUCUGUAUUUCGUUACCUGCAACUCUUGCGGAUCCCGACGAUCCGUCACGGCCAUCAAGACCGGUUUCCGUGGACAAGUUGGCCGUCGUAAGAAGGCAGCUUAACUAUUUUGCUCUUCCUGUUUCUGCUACUUGUUUUUCUUCUAUUCUACCUCCCUUUUUCCUCAUUCAAAAAGUUCUCUAACGACCUCGGGACUUUUCGCUUAUUCCCUGACAUGGAUAUGGAUAUGAACAAAAUUGGUGGCGAGAGAUGUGAUGAUAUGAAUGUGAAUAGAUUUCUAUGUUGUCAUGCCGUAUCUAAUAUGCCCUAAGGAGUUGAAUGUUGCAUAUGAACGU